AUGGAUAAUGAUAUGGAAGAAAUUGAGCUGCAAGAAGGUGAAUGGGGUGAUGAUGAGGAUAGUGGAUGGGAAAAUGAUUUAGAUUUAGAACAAGAGAAAAAAUUUGAAAAAUAUCCAAGCAUUCCAAAAGAAGCACAUUGUUAUUUAAAACCUGACAAAAAUAGAGAAGAUUUAAAAUUUCGGAAUGUUGAUUACUCUACACUCACCUGCCAAAAGUAUCCGGAUACUUUUGCAGGUGGAGUGUAG